GACCAAGGUUAACCGAGAGGUAGCUGCAGCUUUUGUGUGAGGAGCCGCAACAUCGCCCUCUUUUGCUCCGGACAUAACAUGACAUGUCUGCUUUUCUGAACGACAACCAACCGAGGCAGACAGUCUUUCGUCGGGUUUGCCUGUGGUGCUAGUAGCCAGCCAGCAACAACCAGCCGCCUGAAUGUAGAUCCGCAUGGGCUACUACUAUUCUUUCUCUCCAAAACACCCAGCGGAAUCAUAAGAUAAGGAUCCCAGGAUGGUCUUAGUGCAUGUCGGAUAUCUGGUUCUUCCUGUAUUCGGCUCAGUAAGAAACAGAGGAUCGCAUUUCAACCGGCAACAGCAGCAGCAGCACAGCCAUGCUACCUCUUGCCGGCACUUCCAGUUAGGUCCUCAGGCUCCGCUGCCCAUGGACUUCCCCAUGCCCCACCCAGGGCAGCCACAGUCAGGCAUUAACCCCCACCUGGCCCCUCCUGGCCACCAGCUUGGCCCUCCGCUCCACCCGCCCCUCAACCCCCUGCCCGGCCCCCAGUUCCAGGACAUCCCUGCCCCUCCCUUCCUACCUCAGGCAUUACACCAGCAAUACCUCCUCCAGCAGCAGAUCCUCGAGGCCCAGCACCGACACAUCCUGCCACCUUCCAGGUAUCCACACAGGGAUCUAAGUGUAGAUGCUGGGCUGCCCCCCCACCAGUAUCACAUCCAUCCGCUGCCGCAGCACUAUCAACACUACUUGACCUCUCCUAGGAUGCACCACUUCCCCAGAAACAAUGCCUCAACACAAGUGGUUGUCCAUGAGAUCAGAAACUACCCGUAUCCCCAGCUGCACCUGCUGGCUCUGCAGAGUCUCAACCCCUCCCGCCACGCCUCUGCUGUUAGAGAGAGCUAUGAGGAGCUUCUGCAGCUGGAGGACAGGCUGGGCAGUGUGAACAGAGGAGCGGUCCAAACCACCAUAGAGAGAUUCACCUUCCCCCAUAAGUAUAAAAAGAGAAUACCCCAGAAUGACCUGAAGAUGUGUCUGGAAGAUGAGGAGCUGGACACAGAUGAGAAGUGCACCAUCUGUCUGUCCAUGCUGGAGGACGGAGAGGAUGUCAGGAGAUUACCCUGCAUGCACCUUUUCCACCAGGGGUGUGUGGACCAGUGGUUGGCCACCAGCAGGAAGUGCCCCAUCUGCAGAGUGGACAUUGAGACCCAACUGACCCCCGACAGUUGAUAGCUCCUGUCGUCUCCUGCAGCUUUGGAUCUGGUCUCGUUAAUUCUCCAUUGCCUCCCCCCGAGGGAAGCUCUGCCAAACACCCCUCUCUUCCCCUCUGCAUCACCCACAGGCCUGCCUUCAGAGGCAAGGCUGUGACAGAGGGAUCAACAAAGCACACUCACCUACAACACAGCGAGGGAUGGGGGUCGAUGCAUAGAUGGGGGGGCUGGACUGAAGGUUGAUUUGAAUGGACUUGCUGGAUGUAAAAGGUAGGAGCGGACACGUAUGGACAGAUGUGCUGAGGCUUCACACAGAUCCUGUCAGAUUGUGCACCCUGUGUGCAGUUCUCCAUACAGCCAUGGAGAGGACCUCUGACUACCAACCUCCCCAGCUCACUGUGGGGUGUAUUAAGGCCAUUUCUCUGCCACUACAUCUAACCCCCCUGCCUAAACCCCCCCCCCACCCUCUGCCUGUGAAAAAAAUCCUUUAAGCUGCACUCUGCCCAAGCCCUCAGCACAUCUGUACAGAACAUUAUCAAAUGAUUAGCAUGAGGUUGUUUGGUGUGAACUCUUGUAGCUGAACGCUUGUGGUGUAAUGGAGUAUAGUACUGAAUAAGUAUUUACAGAGUAACAGUGUUGUGUAGCAAGCAAAAGCCUUUUCAGAAAAAAUGUUUGUGAAAAAUAAACCUACAAAGAGGGUGAAAAUGGCUCAAAUAAGAGAGAAUAUCUGCGUGUUGAUUAAUCAUAGACAAUGAGGAAAGAGAUAGUUGUGUAAAAAGGCCAAAAAUCCCUCUUUCUGGUCUAACAUGGUUUUGGAUUUCCAGUUAGUAGAUGACAUCAGAGUUGAUGCUGAACCCGCUAACUGCAGGCAUGGCUUCCAGUGAUCUGUGUAGUGUCGUAGUGGGGCCUCUAUUAUAGAGCAGGGGCCUCAGAUGUGCAUGCUGUAUGACAGGCUUGGGCUGUGUCGUUAAUAUUGUGGAGCAGUAGAAACAGGGACUGUGUGUCUGUGCAUGUGAACCGUAUACUAUGACGAUCCCACUCAUUCAUAGAGGAGGACAAGAAUGCACCAAAUUCCCCUCCCCACCUCCCCUCUCCCCCCACUCAUCCCGAGUAGACCAACGUUGCCCUUAGACAUAGAUCUCACACCGACGUAGCGAUUCUCUCCUGAUGUUCCAGGUCAGGAUUCAAAGAGCUGGUGGUGGAUCCGUGUCUAAGUGCAACUCCUCUCUGUGGCCUCGCUCAUAGCAUGAUCACAUGACGUGAGAGGCCGGCAUGGGUUCGAGGAUUUGGUGCCUGAGGUCUUGCCAUCAGAGUGAAUACAAUCUGACAUUUGUAUGACCUAUUACCAGAACCUUAUUGCCUAUCAAACAAGCACAUGUGAUUUCUAUAUACAGUGAAUGGCCUCUGUGGUGUAUCGGCUCCUUUUCAUUUCAAACUAAGUUGCUCCCACUGUUCUGAUAAAAAGACUGUGUCUGGUGUUACAGGGAAAAUACAAACUAGUUUGCCUGUGAUAUGUGCUAGAAUGUGUAUGAUUGUCCCCACUCCCUCCCCCCCAUGGUAGUAGUGUAUGGUAUUGCUAGAACAACUGUGAUACGCUCAGUGAUAGAAGCCGUUUUCUCUUUAUCAUGCAUGAACCAUGUUGGCGUAGUUCACUUGAAGGAGGGUGAAAGGGAGAAAAAGCCAUCCAUUUGAAAAAUACCAAACAAUUGUUCUUAACAUUAAUUUAAUUUUUGAAUUGUCUUUUUCUGCCAUUUUAUUUUUCUUCUCGUAUUUCUUUUGCUCACAUGCCAAUUUGGACAUGGUACUAAUAUGCCGAGUCCGUGUCCAUUUUAACCAUAGUGAAGAAAAAGCUGCAAUGCUGCAAAAACAUAUUUAUUGUUGUUAUAAUGUAGCUUGUGUUUUGUAAAUGCACUAUAAUAUGGAGUUGCCUGAGUUUUUGGUUUGGUGGUGUGGGUUCUUCUUGUCCUAGACUUUGUGUUCCGAUUCAGUUCCAAGUAUUUCAUGCUUCCUUGUGUAUUAUUGGAGGGUUACUUGACUGUUUGUGUUGCGUUUUCUUUUUCUUUUUGUAUGAAACCUCCAUCCAAAAAACUACAGAUGGAUGAAAAUGGAGGUUUUGCUAGUUCACAUAGAAUGCUGUGAUUAAAGAUGCCUUAAGUAUUUAACAAUCAUUAUUUAUUACUAACUGUAGCUAGCUAGCUAUUGUGGUGAAAUAUUUAAUGUCUCUAUCUCAUAACUUUGCAAUUUAAUCAAUAUAUUUAUUUAAAAUAACACAAAAUAUUAAAAAAGAAUACCUCAUUAUGCAUUGGUCGGUGGGGAUGCUUUUGCAUGCCGUCUGUGUUUUCUUUUUCAAAGGAGAAAAAAAAGAAACCUGUUGAAAAAUUGACUUGUGGGGGUGUUUCCUGACACAUUUUUAAGCCAGCAUGGUGCUGUUGAUCUGGAUUACAUUCCAUUCAUGUCACCUCUUGAAUUUACUUUAACUCUUUUCAUUAUUAAACAUCCUCUCUGCUUUGCUAGGAAGCAGAAGACGGGGUACAACCCUUUUGGUCUUAGUAUGGCUCCACAAAUAGCUCGCUUUUGUUAUAUGAUACUGCUUUGUUUCCCAUAAUCCGUUUUUUUCAUUUUAUUUUAUUUUUUACCAUGUUUAUGAUAUUCUAUCAUAUCUGGAUCUCAAUGUAGUGCUUAUUAUUAUUAUUAUUAUUAUUAUUAUUAUUAUUAUUAUUAUUUUAAGACCCACAUAAUGAGCUGUAUUAACUGUCCCUUAUGUAUUGCUGGCAAUUGCUUUGUGUGGGAUUUUUGAAAGUAUCUAACAUGCUAACUUGAGCCAUUGGUCUUAUUACACGCAUUUCUGGUGUACUGUGGUUAUACAAAAUUGAUAGUGUGUUUCACACUGGGUAUAAUAAGCUAACUAUGUUUUCAGUGUGCAUUUCUUAUUAAUACUCUACUAAUCCUGCAAACUAUUAUAACCUGUAUUGGAUUGGAAUGAAGCUGGCUGGUCUUACUAUUAUUCUUAUUAUUUCAUUUCAUGCUCUCACUGGCCUUACCCCGUGUCCUCCACAGUGUACCCCAUUACUCCAGAGCAAACUGGACAGUAGCCAUAGUAUUAACUCAAGCUGAUGAACCGGAAUGAACAGUAGAACUUAAAGCACAAGCUUUUUAAUGCAUGUCCUUCUCAGGUUUUCCUAUGUGUAUGUGGGAGUAGCUCUGUAGAUGUGUUUAAUAUGAUGCUGUACCUUCUUGAAUAUUUCAGAUGUUUCUUUGCUGCUGAAAAAAUGUUGAUUAUUAACCUGCCAGUGAAAAAGGGAAGUGGCCAUCUUUGUACAACACACUGCUGUUUUGCUGUAACCGCGCAAUGUUUUAUGAUCUUGAGUAUUUUAUAGAAAA